AUUUGACCCAUGAUACUGCUGUGGUUCUGGAUGUACAUGCAUUAUUUAGCAUCCCUAAACCGACACGAUCCCGUGCAUAAAUAUGAUCGUUCAUAAGAAUGUGAAGAGUCCUCACAGGGUCGCCUUGGCUCUGUCCAGUCACCUUGACAAUGGUACAACACGCAUGUCUGCUGGCCGCCGCUGGCGUUCCCUUCUCACUUGUCGCCCGUCAUCGUCAAUCACCCCUCGAGGACGUCCGUCUGGGUGGUCCGUCUACCACGAUGCUUGGAGCUCCGGCUGUACGACCCGCGUCGGUCAACGAGCAUACAGCACCACUUCGGAUAUCAAGUCCAAAUCUGAGCCAGAUCCGCCGUCAUCACCCUUGCACCUAGUUGAAGCAGAGCAGCACUCGGAUUCAACACCUCCUCCAGAAAGCAAGUCUGAGCCUGAACCAGAUGCGCCCUCGUUACCCAUUCCGCUAGCUGAGGCGGAGCGUCUCAAAGAUCCAGUAGUCUCCUCGGAAAUGAGGUCUGACUCUGAGGCAGACACGCCAGCACCACCUGUGCAGCCAGCUGAAGCAGAGCCUCCUUUGGAAACGAGAUCCGAACUCGAGCAAGAUACGUCCUCAAAGUUGGUGCAAACAGUUGACGCGACGCCUGAGAAGCCUCCAAACCUCAAAGCCUCGAUGCUGGGUCUAUACGAACGUGUGGUCCAACACGGUCUGUUGCCCAAGGUUGUCGUC